UGGCAACGGUAUAGUGGGUUAAGUUGUGAAUAAAACAUUAUCCGUGGCAAAUUGGAAGCCGUUGCGCCUUCAUUUUUCUUCUGUUCUUAAUUUUAUUACUUUUUCAUAUUUUUGUUUCAUCAAAUGUCGAUAACCACAAAAAACUGGGAGAGGCCACUUAUGUACGUAGUGUGGGGGUUACAAAUGGUAGCUGUAGGAUUGUCAUGCGUGUUUGCUUUCCUCGUUGAAAAACAAGGUCAAAAAGCCGAUAGCAAUGCAUUAGCGCCAUACAAGCUUCACAACGGCGCUCGGCUUGGGGUGCUCAUUUCUUUAUUUUUUGGUUACAUGCUUAUUCUUAUUGAAGCCAGAAAGACUGUAGAAGCAUCACCCAACUAUAAUAAUAGGGGAAUUACAGCAUUAUUCGGGUGCAUGUCCUUUUUUGUAGUGUUGAACGACUCGGUGGCAGGAGAUGCUCUUAGUGGAGACAUUAGCGGGAGUAAUGCCAGUGCGUUAAGAUAUAUGGUUUGGGCGACAAUGGCUUUAACUACACUUAACUUUUUUUUAUGUGUUUUUGUUGGCCCACAAAAAAAGACAGCAUAAGACAAACUACUGCCCGCUUUGCUUUUGAUAAUUGUUCAACGUAUCACUGGUCAAACAUUUGUUUGAGAAUAAUGAUGGCAUUGCACGCCUGGUAUAAAUAACAGUGGCUAAUAUAGUUUACAUUUCUUCUCAGCUAUUGUUUAGUUGUAAAUAAAUAAAUUUACUAUCGUUCAAAAACAA